AGCAGAUAGUAACACACUAUCACCUAAACUUCAAUAUUUUUUUUAAAAAAGCACGUAAAUCUUCCCCAUAGGCUUUGGAAAGCGUUGAUGGUCCCCAUCAUCAACGACAAAAGCCAAAAUCGAAUAGAGUGGAGCAGUGAUGUCUCCUUUUCUAUUUAUUUUCGAAAGUCUUCUUUCCCGACUUCGCGCUGUCCUUUAGUUCCUGGCGAAUGGUAGGUGGAGAUGGGAAUCAACUGGUAAGAAAGGUGCCUAAAUGAAUUUGCAAACUCCUGCUCCAUCAUCUUCCAAGCCCCCACCAAGAAAUAACUGCUGACAGCUUGGCUCUAGGAUCCUUACAUUCAGGCUGUAGCGGAAAACAUGUCCGUCCGGCACAAGAGCUCAAAUCACGCGCAAACCCUGCAAAGUCCCAGACAUCUUCACCCGAGGGUGGGACCGCGAAACAUAGUUUUCUAAAAACAACCAAAAGACAGCGGGACAGAUGGGCAGAAUCCGAUUUCACCAAGUUCUUGGCGCCAAAACAAACCAUCGGGUCCGUCCCCUGCCGGACCUAUACGACACGUAAUCGACAAUCCUCCGCCUCGCUAAAUAGUCCUGUCUAAAACGUCGCGAAUACACACUAUUUUACCUCAAAACGCCUUCCGAGGAUAGACAGUGAACCUCUAGGGCGCACCAUAGUCCUGUUCGAAUACAAAUACGGAUUUUCCGAUCAUUUUCUCUUCAUAGAUUCCUCCGCCAAAAAUUAUAUUCGCCGAGCCUUCACUUCCGGGUCCGCCAUUUUGCUGCCUCCAUUUCUUCACGAGGGGGGGUUAAAGGCCCCCAAAAUAUGCAUAUGUGAAAAGGCCAAAAAGUAACCGUCAUUGACAGGGAGUUUUAACUAGAAAAGGAAACAGGACCAAACUGGCGGGCUCGGUGAAAGCACAGCCGGCAGCGUCCCGGACGAGGAGGUUCCUGAAAAUUUGUGUUCCUAUGUAUAAAGAUGUCUUUGGUGGACUUAGGGAAGAGGUUGCUAGAAGCAGCAAGAAAAGGCCAAGAUGAUGAAGUGAGAACAUUGAUGGCAAAUGGUGCCCCAUUCACCACAGACUGGCUUGGAACAUCACCCCUCCACCUUGCAGCCCAGUAUGGUCAUUAUUCCACAGCAGAAGUGCUCCUUCGAGCAGGAGUUAGCAGGGAUGCACGGACCAAAGUGGACAGGACCCCUUUGCACAUGGCUGCAGCUGAUGGACAUGCACACAUCGUGGAACUACUUGUUAGGAAUGGUGCAGAUGUGAAUGCCAAGGACAUGCUAAAGAUGACAGCUUUGCACUGGGCCACAGAGCACCACCAUCGAGAUGUUGUAGAGCUACUUAUCAAAUAUGGAGCUGAUGUCCAUGCUUUCAGCAAGUUUGAUAAAUCUGCUUUCGACAUAGCCCUGGAGAAGAACAAUGCUGAGAUUCUGGUCAUCCUUCAGGAAGCAAUGCAGAAUCAGGUGAAUGCUAAUCCCGAGAGAGCCAACCCUGUGACUAUGGCUACCCCAUUUAUCUUCACGUCAGGAGAAGUUGUCAACCUCGCAAGCCUUGUUUCUUCAGCCAGCACCAAGACAACCUCAGGUGACCCCCAUGCCUCCUCAACAGUACACUUCUCAAAUUCUACCACCUCAGUGCUGGCCACCCUUGCAGCUCUUGCUGAGGCAUCAGCUCCCCUCUCCAACUCACACAGAGCCACAGCUAAUUCAGAAGAAAUCAUAGAGGGAAAUUCUGUUGAUUCAUCAAUCCAGCAAGUGGUGGGGAGUGGAGGCCAGAGGGUCAUCACCAUAGUGACCGAUGGAGUCCCUCUGAGUAAUAUCCAAACUGCAAUCCCUACUGGAGGCAUUGGCCAGCCGUUUAUUGUGACUGUGCAAGAUGGACAGCAAGUUCUAACUGUACCUGCUGGUCAGGUUGCAGAGGAGACUGUCAUUGAGGAAGAGGCAGAAGAAGCAGAGAAGUUGCCGCUGACUAAGAAACCAAGGAUAGAAGAGAUGACAGACAGUGUGGAAGAAAGCAAGGAAGGCACUGAAAGGGAGCUCCUUCAGCAGCAACUCCAGGAGGCGAAUCGAAGAGCCCAGGAAUACCGACACCAGCUCCUAAAGAAAGAGCAGGAGGCAGAACAGUACCGCCUCAAAUUAGAGGCCAUGGCUCGACAACAGCCCAAUGGAGUUGAUUUUGCCAUGGUUGAAGAGGUGGCUGAGGUAGAUGCUGUAGUAGUCACAGAGGGGGAGAUGGAAGAGAGAGACACAGAAGUGACUGGGGCAGUAGGGACCACAGAGCCUCAUACUGGAGUUUCCAUGGAAACUGUUUCAACUUAAUGUGCAAGGGCCACAACUUGUACUGUGUCCAUCUUUUUCCUCUUUAAAAAAAAUACAGAGGACAAA